UUUUUCGAAUUCGAUAAUUUACUUGCGUCUUACUUGAAUCGGGCGAAGCGGUAGUUCGUUUUUAUAAAAUUGUCAAUUUAUGGAUGCUUGUUUUUUGUGGUUAUUACAUAAAUUUAUAGCCUGAAUUUUACAACAAUGGAAGGAAAGCCUUGUGAGGUUAAAACGGAAACAAUAUCUGAGGGAAUCGCUGUAGAGACUAACGGAAGAGCCCACAGUUCAGACAACAAAGCUAUGCUAUGGCCCAGUGAGCGCAUCCCCCAAGGUGGACUUUUCCAUACACCUAAAAUCGAGUACAGCAAAGAAACAUCCGAUUUACUACAAGUCCUUAUGAAUGAGUCCAAAAUGUCGAUGAUGAUGCGCAAAAAGAUCAACUAUCACCUACGCAACGGAGAGCCUUUGCCGAAACUGGAACCUCCACGUAUUAACACGAAAGAUACAGAGGCCGGGGCUCUUGAGAUUCUGCGUCGUGCGCGUCUUGCCAAGCGAAAGAGUCUUGAACAAAUUUUGGCUAGCGACGCGUACGACAUUCCUCCGUAUCGCCCAAGGCCCACGAAUCGAAUGCCAACUGAAAAGGAGAAGAAGCUACUUCAAGAGGCCAUGUCAGGUAUGCACCUAGCAGAAACCUCAUUGAAAGCCAAGCGAAAGCCGAAAGAGAAAAAGGAAUACCACACCACGGAAGAAAACAUUAUUGAUGAGCUUUUGGAUCAAAUUAAUGAACGCGCAAAUUGGUUGGCUGAAAUGGAAGAAUUAGGGGAAGGUAAACGCUUCAGAAAUGAGGUACGUGAGCAAAUCGCGGAACGGCUUCGGCACAUAAAAGGAUUAGAAACGAAAAUACAGAUUAAGAGGAGCGGUAUACGAUUCGUGGAAUAAGGCGGGACGAAUGUUUGUGUUUUUUGCUGGCCUAUGCAUGAAGCUCAUAAGUCCUUUAGAAUUUUAGAAAUGAAGUUUUUAUAAAUAUGUACAUAUAUAUUUGAUUUUUUCGCAUUAUCUUAUCAAAUUCAUCUGGUGUAAUACAUACAUACAACUGGAAGCGAUCCAAUA